AUGCGGGCGGUGCGCAAGAACGUGCCUUCGGGGAACGUCCCGCGGGUCUACCCAGAGAACCCGAAUGAGCUCGAAAGGACUCAUCCAGAACUAUUCCAGAAGGCAUUCCCUGCAGACACGCGCCCAGUCUUCCCGAGCCCCGUGGACUCGUUAAGGGUGGAGUUGCUGCGAAGGGGGCCCCCUUGCCGGAUCAGCCACAGCUCGAUCAGCGCCCCGCGCCGUGCGCGCCGCGCGCCGAGCGGCCUGCAGGCAGCGCUGCUGGACCAGGCGGCCACUGCGGGCGGCGAGCUGCCGGGCUUGACUAUAUACAGUCGCCCGCAAGCCGCCGCCCGCGCCGGCGGGUUGCUCGCGCUCGCGGACGGCCUGGCACACCCAGCAGCCGCGGGAGCCCCCGCGCCUGCGACGGCGAGUUCGGCGGCAGCCCUGGGAUCCCCCGCGCCUGCUCAGAUGGUCGCCCCAGGCCAGGCAUCCGCGGCUAGCGAGGAGACGGCGCCUGCAGGGCCCCUUGCAGCUCCUUGCGAAGCGGCGCCUGCAGGGCCCCCUGCAGGGCCCCUUGCAGCUCCAGGGGUCGCCGCGCGUGCGCCUGCCGACGCAGCGGCCAACGCCGACAGGCUGGCGCGUUUGCGGGCUCGCGCGAAGGACUCCUCGGCGCCGAACGGGACGCCUUCGCCCAAGGGGAAGAAUCGCACGGGGAGCCAGACCCGCUCGGGCACGAAGAAGGCCCUGAAGCGGCCGGCCGCUGCGAAGACCGAGGCUUCCCCGGCGAAGAAGGCCAGGCGGACCCCCCCGGCGCAGAAGGGCGCGGCCGCGCGGGCGGCCGCCGCGAAGACCGAGGCAGUGAAAAAGGCCAGGCUGACCCCCCCGGCGCAGAAGGGCGCGGCCGGGCGGGCGGCCACCAGCUUCCCAGGGGUCCCCAAGCGCAAGACCGAGGCGACUUGGAUUGGCGACUACAGGGUGUACAGCGACGUCACGAAGCAGGCGUGGCGCGUGAGGAAGCCAGGCCACAGGCAUGACGCCUCUUUCAGCUGGAAGGCGGACCCCCGCAAGGCGUGGAGCUCGCUCGUGGAGUUCACGACCGAGUGA